AUGCAUGCCCUGCCCAUUGUCGACAUCAGCUUCUGGAAUGGGUGCCUGGAUGCUACUCUGCCCGUUCUGGACUUCAUCAGCGCCGAUGUCUGCACAGAGUCUGCUGGGGAACUUGGAAAUGGCACAGGCAUAGCCUGCCGAGAUUGCAUGGUGCAUGGAAACGGAAGAAUCACGCCCCUACCUUCUCCUCUCCGCGGACACAUGUUUACUCUCACCUGCAUGGCGCAGGUCAAGGGCAUUGAACGGCAAGUUGACCCGUUCUACUGUAUACUCGAGAGGUACAAGGGUUGA